AUAAACAAGGCUUCAUCUUCCUAACAUUGUCGACUUGCUAGUUACCAACAUGGCCUUGCCUUCAUUAAUCUUUGAGUCAAGCUCCAGUGACAGUGAGGAAAGAUGGAUCAAGCAAGUGAGCAAUAUCCUAGAGAAAGAGGUGAUGAUCGAUAUACAAGUUCCAGUUUCAAUCUUUCGUGUUCCUGCAACUCUAAGUGCUUUCAAGCCACAAGCUUAUGUGCCAAGGCUUGUGGCCUUGGGACCUUACCACCAUUUCCGCUCUGAGCUCUAUGAGAUGGAGAGAUACAAGCUUGCUGCAGCCGGCAGGCUGCAAAAGCAGUUCCAAAGCAUCAAGUUCCAGCAGCUUGUCGACAUGCUCGGCGAGCUUGAACAAGAAGUUAGAGCCUGCUACCACAAGUAUCUGGACAUAGAAGGCCAUACCUUGUCUUGGAUUAUGGCCAUUGAUGGCUUGUUCUUGAUUGAUUUUCUUUACUUAUUCACCAGCAGAAAGGAAACCGAUCUCUCCUCUGCCAAAGCGCAUUUAGUCGACUCUGGUGGCAAGAAGCUGGCUAGCGAUGCGAUCCUAGGCGACGUUCUGAUGCUGGAGAACCAAGUCCCGUUCUUUGUCUUGAGCAAGGUCUUGUCGUUUCACUGCCUUGUUCCGGAGCUGACAGACACUGUUUUGCCUUCAAUUUUGAUGGAUUUUUGCAAGGCCCUUUCGCCAUUGAAGCUCAAGGAGGAUGUCCCUUUAUCCGAAGUACUCAAGCGUCCACAUUUGCUGGACCUUUUGCACCAUUUGACCGUGCCUAAAUUGGAGGUUGCCCAUGAAUACUGUAGCAUAUAUGGCGAAGAUGAUUGUUCUCUGAAAUUUUCAGAUGAUUCUCAUCAUGUUUUCACUCAUCUUUGGGAGUUUUUCUCACGCCUAGAGGUUGGAUUCUUGGAGAAAAUCAUCAAACCGAUCAAGAUGAUCAUCUCUGUGCCCCUGAAGAUUGUUUCCCGUGUUCCAGAGCUGUCCAACUUAGCAUCAAAAAACAAAGAAGACACCAAACCAGAAGGAGAGGACAAGAAGGAAAGUACUCCCAUGGUAGAAGAGAUUAUCAUUCCUUCGGUUUCACAACUCUGUGAUAUCGGAAUUAAAUUCUGCCCCACCUCUAGGGGCAUCACAUCCAUCAAAUUCGACCGUAAGAAGAAGAUAAUUUAUCUCCCCGUCAUCACUUUGGAUGUUCAUUCCGAAGUCAUAAUGAGAAACUUGGUCGCCUAUGAAGCAUCGGUUCUAUCAGAAUGUCUGGUUUUCACUCGAUAUACAGAGUUAAUGAACGGGAUUAUAGAUACUAUCGAAGAUGCAAAGCUGCUAAGGGAGAAGAACAUCAUCGUCCACCAUCUAAAGAGUGAUGGAGAAGUUGCUCAAUUCUUUAAUGGGAUGAGCAAGUGCAUCAGGCUUACUCAUGUGCCUUAUAUUGAUAAAGUCAUUGAAGAUGUGACCAAGACUUACCGUGAUACCCCAAAGGUUCGAGUCCGUGAGUGCACGAAGAUGUAUGUGUAUCGUUCAUGGAAACUCUUGACUCUUCUUGGAGUUCUCUGUUUGAUGUUGCUAGUCGCUUUACAAUCAUUCUGCUCGAUUUAUAACUGUCCUCGUAUUUUCAACACAGUUAGUGGCACUAAUGCUUGAUUGUGGCCUAUGUAACUUGGCUUAGUUUCAUUGUAUGUGGAUAUUAGAGGUUAUCAAAAAAUUCCAUUUUCACGUUUUCCAAAUUGAAAUAUUUCCUAUUUUUAAUGGCUUGUUUCUUGUUUUUUACCAUCUCUUGGAUGUGUGAGAGUAUUGUGCAAUGAAAGUGAUCCCUACCAUUUCUUGAGUGUCU